CCAAAUUAGUGCCUUCCGAAAGAGACCCACUGGGAGCUACUUGCAAAUGUCAGUGUGGGAGAGAGAGUGUGAGAGCACAGCAGCCAGCCUCCUGGUCAGCAGGCUCAUCUGUGGCUCAGCUGCAGAGAGCAGAUAAAGCCAGAAUGAGUUUAAGACGUCGUCACUGGAGCCCCCGAGGAAGGCGCAUGAGAGAGAGUCCUGUCUGCUGGGAGAAGCCAGGCCCUCUGACCUCAGGGCAGCUGCCUCGGCUGCCCAGCAUGCUGUGAUGGAGCCUGCGAAUGUAAGGUUAGGAACUGAUGGACAGCUGGCAUGCUCAGGCAGCCCAGCCUUGUGUCUGGGGUGGCCCCAGAACUCUGUCCCCUUUCCAGACUGUGUGUCCACUCUGCUUCUGAGAACAGCUUUGGAGGGUCUGUGCUUGUCAGUGGACAGACUUCGGGUGCUGCUUCCAUUGCCUGCAGCCUGGAGCCUCGUCUGGGUGGGGAUGAGUGCAGCAGCCUAAAGUCACAACCACUUGCCGCUUCCGCCCUCCUUCCCAGGAGGUCCCAGUAGGUGGUUUGAGGCCAGCUCGCUCCUGAAGUGGUGAGCUGGCCCCAGUGCUGGCCACCUGUAUCCCGAUGUUCAGAGCCCACGGCAGGGCUGCACUUUCCCUCCUGACCCACUUCGGCCAGUGGCGUGUGACAGGGAACGCGGGUCACUCCUGGCAGAAGUCUUUAGGAGCCGGUGAGUUAUUUGCCACGCUCCUUUGCCACGAGUGACUGGCAGUGCCCCAGAGAACAGCAGCUCUGUCAGCCUGGGGCCCUGAGUGAGGAUGGCAGGCUGCAGAGCCCUCACCCACCAACGAGGGACAUGCAGUGGGACUGAGAAAUACACCUUUGGGUCGGGCAAGUUAGCUCCCGCCUGGACUCCUAGCGCUUCCAGAGGCCGAGGAGAAAUUCAUUCCCUACACAGGUGACAUUGAACUUAACCUCCCAGAGUUUCCAUCCACGGUUACUUAUGACAAUUCGCAUUUUUUUGAGAAACUGCUGUGUACUGGGAUCUGAUCUAAACUUUACUUGUUUGAUUUCAUCUUUUUGUUUUUUGAGACAGAGUCUUACUCUGUCAGGCUGGAGUGCAAGUGGCACGAUCUCGGCUCACUGCAGCCUCCGCCUCCUGGGCGCAAAUGAUUCUCAUGCCUCAACCUGCCAGUAGCUGGGAUUACAGGCACGCAGCACCACACCCAGCUAAUUUUUUGUAUUUUUAGUAGAGACGGGCUUUUGCCAUGUUGCCUCGGCUGGUCUUGAACUUCUGGCCUCAAGUGAUCCACCCACCUCGGCCUCCCAAAGUGUUGGGAUUAUAGGCGUGAGCCACCUCACCCAGCCUCACUUAAUCUUGGUAAUAAUCCUACAAGGUGGGUAGCGUUAUUCCCAUUUUACAGAUGGAAAAACUGAUACACAAAGUUAAGUAAAUUACCUGAGGUCACAGUGCUAGGAUUCAAAUCCCAGAGCCCACUCUUUAGCAUCUAGGCAGAGGGGUCAGGCUAGGUAAAUGCAUUUACAUUAAAAUGAUUGUCAUUUCCAGGGUGUGACAGAUUGGUGUAACUUGGUCAUAGGGUGAAUGAAAGGAUGUUGAUGGGCGUUUUGGCUGGAAGUGCUGGCCACACUCUGAACAGUCUUGCAUGCCAGGCUGAGGGUUUUGGACUGUCUCUUUUAGACAGCGGGGUUUGGAGGACUGGGGCCUUUGAGGAAGAGCUGAGGGUGCGGACACUGUAUUGGAGGACAGGCGUUCCAGGAGGCAGCCAGCUGCAAAACGCCUGAAGAGACAGACUCAGUUCAGGGCAGGGGAGGGGCCUACAGCCCACCAGCCCCUCCUUCCCCUGCCACACACUCCUGGCCUCUGGUCCUGGACUCUGUCCAUAUCCUGUGUAUGUGGCUUUCAUCUUCUCUAUUUUUCUCUUCUUCUUCCCCCUCUUCCUCCUUUUUUUUGAGACAGAGUCUUGCUGUGUCCCCUAGGCUGGAGUGCAGUGGCGUGAGCUCAGCUCACUGCAAUCCCUGCUGCCCAGGUUCAAGCGAUUCUCCUGCCCCAGCCUCCUGAGUAGCUAGGAUUAUAGGCAUGCGCCACCACACCUGGCUAAUCUUUUGGUAUUUUUAGUAGAGAUGGGGUUUCACCAUGUUAGCCAGACUGGUCUCAAACUCCUGACCUCAGGUGAUCCGCCCACCUCACCCUCCCAAAAUGCUGGGAUUCCAGGCGUGAACCAGCACGCCUGGCUUAGCUUUCUCUUCCUCUGAAGUGGAGUGAAAGCUCCAUGAGAGCAGGUGCCUGUUAGGCGUCCUCUGCCAAGGCCCAUGUUUGGCAUGUCCUCCUCGCAGGGGAAAGUCCUUCCCCUUGUCUGAGGCGCAGCCCAAAGGCCGUGUACCCACGGCACAGGUCUUCCUGGUGGCACAUCUACCAGCUUCAGGGGAAGCCAAGACCCCGCUCACCCUUUGUUAUGGCCUCUUGGCCCGGGAGCCCCUGGCCUGUGCCUGUUACAGGGUGCCCUGCCCUGCCUAGUGUCAGAGACAGCCUGUGCAGGUCUUCCUUUCCCGUCUGUCUUGGGCUCCUUGAGCUCAGAGACCACCCUGUUCCCCCCACUGCUCUGCCAGAGGAUCUGCAGAGCACCUGGCGGGCCCUCGGGAAAGAGGGGCCCACCUGCCCACCUGCCCUCUCCCCUCAGUCACGGUUUGAAGUGAGACAGCCCUUGACAUAGAAAGGCUCACUUGCGUGACUCAUCAAACAUUCAGCAAACCUUGUUUUUUUCAUUAAAAAACAAUUAGUCAUAACUUUGAGCUAAUGGCCGGAUACAGCUCAGCAGUCAGCAGAUGUGGUCCUCAUGCUGAAGUAAUGAAGAUGAGAACAAUAGUCUCUCAAGCCUGCCUAGAGCUUUGCCAGACUCAGAGCCCAUUCACACCCACUCUCCUUACUAAUCCCAGAAAAGCCCAGUACGGCAGGUAGGGCAGGUGUUCUUGGCUGUUUUGUGGAGGAGGAAGCCGACCCAGGGUUCAGCUGCCAGCCCAAGUCCAUAUACCGGCAUGUAGCACACACGGGCCUCUUCCGUGCCAGGUCCGGUCUCGGACCUGCCGCCUCUCCUUGUCCCUCUCAUUCCCAGUCCCUGCCCUGGGACACAGGGCUCCAGUGUUCUGUGCUGAGUGGGCGUCUGACCCCUUCCCGGCUCAGACUUCAAGCUCCAGCCACUUCCAGAGGGUGCUGACCCUCUCACAGACCCCUGCCCUCCACGGGAGCUGGUCUUUUAGACCCAUGUGGGCACUCGGUGGCACGAACACAGAUACCAAAUGCAGAAAGGAGGGUAUUUUUCUUCCAGGUUUGCUGUUUGCCAUCUGGAUCUCUGAUCCCCGAAGCCUUGUGAAAUCUCAGAAGCAAGACACAAAAAUCAGGGAAGUUAAACCUCAACGCAAGAUGUAGAAAGCCCAGGAUGAGACUAGCAGAGCCGACCCUGUGCUCCGGCAGGUUACAGGCACCUGCCGCCGCCCUGUGGCCACUCUCUCACCCUCAGUCCCCGCUGGGUUCCUCCCGGAGAUGCGGUGCUGGUGGGCCCCAAUUUUGAUCAUCAGGCUCUGUCAGCACAUGGGUAUUUGCAGGUUUCUAUCUGCUCCACAAAGUCCAGACUCAGACUUUUUUUCGUUGUUUGUUUUUUCGGUCUUCCAUUUUUUGAGACCGAGUCUCGCUCUGUUGCCAGGCUGGAGUGCAGUGGUGUGACGCCACUAUGCCUGGCUAAUAUUUUUGGAUUUUUAGUAGAGAUGGGGUUUCACCAUGUUGGCCAGUAUGGUCUCCAUCUCUUGACUUCAUGAUCUGCCCACCUUGGCCUCCUAGAGUGCUGGGAUUACAGGUGUGAGCCAUGGCACCCAGCCCAAACAUUUUUUUCUUUUGAGACAGAGUCUUGCUCUGUUGCCCAGGCUGGAGUGCAAUGGCACAAUCUCGGCUCACUGCAACCUCCACCUUCCAGGUUCAAGCAAUUCUCCUUCCUCCUUUUCGAUGCCCGCCACCACAUGCCCAGUUAAUUUUUGUACUUGUGGUGGAGACAGGGUUUCGCUGUGUUGGCCAGGCUGGUCUUGAACUUCUGACCUCAGGUGAUCUGCCCGCUUCAGCCUUCCAAAGUGCUGGGAUGACAGGCGUGAGCCACCGAGCCAGGCUGGGCCUCAAAUCUUGAGAGGGACCCAGGUAGGUGAAGAAAAGCAAUCUGUUCCCGCUGGCCACUGUCAAGAGCUCAGCUUAAGUCAAUGUGCCCCCUGAUGGUAACAGCAACAGAAAACUGCCGCGCAUUAGUGACGUUAGCGGGCGUGUAGCGUCCGUUGGGCCAGACUUGGCACAGCGCCUGCUGGUGGGUCCGCAGAUGCUUUUCCUGAACUGCCUCUUGGCCGCAUCAAACCUGAACUUGGAGAUACACCCUCCCUCCCAGAAGUCAUUAAAACUUCUCUACUCACAAAGAGUUUUAAUGGGUACAUCAUUACACAGUUGCAAGAAUAUCCUGUUUGAAAUUAUGACCCAGAAAACUGCACUGAUGGCCAUGAUGGCCAGCCCGGAGGUCUCGUCCCCGCCGCCAUGUCGAGAGUUUUAGAGGAAUCAUUCGGUGAUGGUGCUGUUCAGAUAAAGCCACUAGCCAAGCCCACAAGCAGCUCCUGAGUGCUGCUUCAAGCAAGGCACAGGCCAGGUUCGGAGACGGGAUGGGAGGCUCGAGAGCCUUACCUCACCCUGGAGACGCUUAAAAUCUGCAAAGCGAAGCACAAGAAAAUCAUGGUGUUGGCCGGGUGUGGUGGUGCACGCCUGUAAUCCCAGCACUUUGGGAGGCCGAGGUGGGUGGAUCACGAGGUCAGAAGUUCAAGACCAGUCUGGCCAACAUGGUGAAACCCCAGCUCUAUAAAAAUAUAAAUUAAUUAAUUAAUAAUAAUAAUAAAAAGAAAAUCAUGGUGCUAAAUGUCAAUACAGGAUUUAGAAUGCUCCAGAUGAGACUAGUAUCGCCGUCACCGUCCUCAGGCAGUUUCAUAGCCUAUCUGUGCUUUAUUUCCUUAUCUGUAAAAGGGGACAAACUUGUACUCACCUCAUGAACUCUUUGCAAGGGUCUGAUGAGAUAGUGCAGAUGAAGCGCUCGUGCCAGCGCCCAGGACUUGAGACGCACUCAGCACACAUGCACAACCAUUGUCAUGUAUUGUGGCCAUAGGUUCUGUGCCAGUUGCCGUAGGAAGCGCAUUGGGUGAAGUUCCUGUAGGAGUUUAGAAGUGAGCGCUCCUGGAGCUGGGUGCUGUAGCUCGUGUCUGUAAUCCUAGCAUGCUGGGAGGCUGAGGUGGGGAUCACGUGAACUCAGGAGUUUGAGAUGAGCCUGGGCAAGAUGGGGAGACUCUGUUGCUCCGAAAAAACAAAAAAUACAAAAACAAAAAAAACACCACCACCCCCAACAACAACAACAAAAAAGGCCAGACGUGGAGGCUCCCGCCUGUCACCCAGCACUUUGGGAGGCUGAGGUGGGUGGAUCACGAGGUCAGGAGAUCAAGCCCAUCAUGGCCAACAUGGUGAAACCCCAUCUCUACUAAAAUACAAAAAAGUUAGCCAGUGUGGUGGUGUGCACCCAUAGUCCCGGCUGCUUGGGAGGCUAAGGCAGGAGAACUGCUUGAACCCAGGAGGUAGAGGCUGCAGUGAGCCGAGAUCACACCACUGGAGUAUAGACUCCAGCCUGGCAGACAGAGCAAGACUCCGUGGGGAAAAAGAAUUAGCCAGGAAUGGUGGUGUACACCUCUAGUCCCAGCUACUUGGGAGGUUGAGGCAGGAGGAUCCUUUGAGCCCAGGAGUGGAGGCUGCAGUGAGCUAUGAUUGUGCGUCACUGCACUCCAGCCUGGGUGACAAAGCAAGAUCCUACCUCUUAAAAAAAAAAAAAACAAAAGAAGUGAGCUCUUUUUGCUGGGGCCCUUGAGGAGGAGGACUUUGGGAAGAGGUGGGAUUUGAGCGUCCCUGGGGCUCACCUUGCACCUGAAGAUGGGUUAAAUGGAGUACUGGGGCGGAGAGGGUAAGGAAAGGGUGGGGGCAGCACAGUUAGCGUGGCUGGGAAGGGGUAUGUCCAGAUGGCAGAAAGUGGGUCAUGGUGGGAGAGCAGACUGGGUCUGUGGGCUCAGGCUGCGGGGGUGGGGCUUUGCUCGGCAGUGGGAACCCCUAAGAAGCAAGGGGGCAUGAUCAGAAUGAAGCUCCAGGACUGCUGAUCUGGAAGUGAUGGGUUGUGGGAGGCUGGGAAAGGAGGCACUUCUGGUUGUUCAGGUGAGAAGGAGCUUCCAGGUAGAGGAGGGAUGGAGCCACAGAAACAGCCCAGAGAAGGCAGAGAAGGAGAGGUCAGAGGUAACAAGGGGCACCGGGUUUGGUGACCAGAAGGAAGUUGGUGCCUUUACAGGCAGGGACGUCUCAGGGGAGUGGAUGUGGAAGGAGGAGGAGCCAGUCCUGGGAGAUACUGGGGGAGGGGCUUGUGGGCUUCACCUGCAGAUUCCAGGAGGCAGGGAUGGAGCUCAGGGAAGAGGGCCGGGUGGACACUGGAUGAAGCAGUUGGUGACUUGGACACAUUAGAUGGGUCCUGGGAGGGGCUGGACAAAGGUCUCCAAGGACGGUGGUGGAGCGGGAGAUGGUAAGGCUGCGGACAAGGUCCUGGGAGCCCUGUGUGUGGGGAAGGGCAAGAGGACGAGAGCCACCAAGGAGUCCGGGCCGGUGCCACGAGGGCGGGAGGAGGGCCAGGGUUUCCCCUGCAGGCUUCGGGGCAGGCACGCACCCUGUGGAUGCCCUGCAGACUCUGGUGAUACUGUCAGCACCAAGAGCGCUGUUAACAAGGGGGUGGACACGUUCAGUGACGUGUGCUGUGUUCAUUGGAGACAGCGUUGUUUUUUUUUGUUUUUUUUUUUAAAUGGAGUCUCGCUCUGUUCUGAGUGCAGUGGCACCAUCUCGGCUCACUGCAACCUCUGCCUCCCAGGUUCAAGUGAUUCUCAUGCCUCAGCCUCCCAAGUAGCUGGGAUUACAGGCAUGCACCACCACACCCAGCUGUUUUAUUUUUAUUUUUAUUUUUAGUAGAGACAGGGUUCCACUAUGUUGGCCAGGCUGGUCUCGGACUCCUGAGCUCAGGCACUCUGCCUACCUCAGCCUCCCGAGUAGCUGGGAUCACAGGCAUGCACCGCCAUGCCCAGCUAUUUUUUUGUAUUUUUAGUAGAGACAGGGUUCUAGUAUGUUGGCCAGGCUGGUGUCAAACUCCCAAGCUCAGGCAAUAUGCCCACCUUGGCCUCCCAAAGUGCAGGAUGACAGUCAUGAGUGCUGUGGUUACUGGAGGCAGAAAUCACUUUGGAAGCUAAGGCAGUGGUUCUGGAGAAGUGUGACCCUCCCCUUUCCAGCCCCCGCUCUGUCCCACAUCAUUAGAAGGAAAUUAUCCCAGAGGACUAGAGAGGUGAGGGGUCCCCACUGCUGAGUCUCUCAGAUAUUACAGAUCUCACUUCUGGGUCUAUGUGUGCCCAAAAGAAUAGAAAGCAGGGACAGGAACAGAUGUUUGCACACCUGUGUUCAUGGCAGCAUGAGUCACCGUGGCCAAAAGGUAGAGGCAAGCCAGGUGUUGAUCAGCUGGUGAGUGGAUGCACAAAGGGUCCGUCCGCCGCAUGCCCCAGGGGACUAUUGCUCAGCUUUAAAAGGGAAGGAGGCCGGGCACCAUGGCUCAUGCCUAUAAUCCCAGCACUUUGGGAGGCUGAGGUGGGUGGAUCACAAGGUCAAGAGAUCAAGACCAUCCUAGUCAACAUGGUGAAACCCCGUCUCUACUAAAAAUACAAAAAAUUAGCUGGGCAUGGUGGCAUACGCUUGGAGUCCAAGCUACUUGGGAGGCCGAGGCGGAAGAAUUGCUUGAACCGAGGAGGCGGAGGUUGCGGUGAGCCAAGAUCGCGCCAUGGCACUCCAGCCUGAGCAACAAGAGCGGAACUCCAUCUCAAAAAAAAAAAAAAAAGGGAAGGAAAUUCUGUCGCAGGCUACAACACGAUCAUGGGGACAUUAUGCUAAGUGAAAGAAGCCAGUCACAAAAACACAAAUACUGUGUGAUUCCUUAUCAGAGAACUCCUGGAAUAGUUAAAUUCAUCAAGACAGAAAGUUGAAUGGUGGUCGUUAGGGGCUUGGGGCUGGGAAGGGCAGUUAGCAUUUAAUGGGUGCAGAGUUUCAGUUUGGGAUGAUAAAAAGGUUCUGUGCAUGGAUGAUGCUGAUGGUUGUACAACGGUGUGAAUGUGCACAGUGACGCUGAACUGUAUAUUGAGAACGGUUAAUACAGUUCAUUUCGUUACAUACAUUUUGCCACAAUUUAUAAACAAGAAUGAAUUCUAAGUUUCAUAUUAAUUGAAGCUUACAUGGCACACAGCAUAAAAAGGUGUCUAAGAACCUGGGCUCGGUGGCUCACGCCUGUAAUCCCAAUACUUUGGGAGGCUGAGGCGGGUGGAUUAUUUGAGGUCAGGAGUUCGAGACCAGCCUGAUCAACAUGGUGAAACCCCAUCUCUACUAAAAAUAUGAAAAUUUGCCAGGUGUGGUGGCACACGCCUGUAAUCCCAGCUACUUGGGAGGCUGAGGCAGGAGGAUCGCUUGAACCUGGGAGGUGGAGGCUGCAGUGAGCUGAGAUUGCGCCAUUGCACUCCAGCCUGGGUAACAGAGCAAGACUCUAUUUAAAAAAAAAAAAAGUUGGCUAAGCAAGGGGUAUGUGGGGUAUGGCAUGGUGGCACAGGCCUGGCUUUUACACCCAGACCAACAGUGCGGCCUGGGCAGUUACUAAUUAUCAGUGGUCUAAUUGCCUGAUCUCACACAUUUCUCACCUAUAAAGUGGGUAUGACAGCCUUUGCCCAGGGUUGCUGUAUGGCCUGCAAGAGUCAGUUUGGGAAAGCUCUUUGUCAACUGUCCUGCGGAAUUGAUGGGGUGGCCACACUUCAAUGCCAUGGCUCAGGUGACCAAGGUAGGGCUGAGAGGGCCUCUCCGGCGGGGGCUGCUCACUGCAGGCUGGACGGCCCCAUGCAGCUUGCUGGAGUCCUGUGGCUUCUGCAGAGCCUUGGGGCCGCAGCCUGGAUGCCUCCCUUAUCCUGUCCUCACUGCCCUUCCCAGCCGGGGUCUUGUGGGGAGUGAGUCCUGUGGUUCUAGCUCUCCAUGGUGUGUGACUCUCUCCUGCGCGUAUCUCUCUCGGGGGUCUUCUCUUCUGUGCAUUUAGGGUGGUUAGAAGUGGAGUGAGAAAACAGUCAUGGUUGUCUGUGUUCUAUGGUUCCCCGAAGAACCCUCCGUUGGGAAAGGCUGGGACCUGGUUGACCCAGAAGCCCCACUCGCCCUCAACCCCUACUCCAGGUUUGGGCAGCCAGGAAGGAGAGGACUAAGAGAGUCGGGAAUGGGUUCAAGGUUGUGCAGAGUCACAAAGCCAGCACUGUGUGAUGGAUGGCAGGACCGUCCACUCCUUCUUCAUUUUGAACUCAGGACGGUUGCAGGACACUGGUUUCACCGUCGCCGACUGUGAAUGUGCAUUUGCGGAGCUGUUUCCCAGACCUCUGAGUGCGGGAGCCUCGGGUUUGGGUGGCGGAGCAGCGCCCUCCUUCCCUGAGAGCAGAGGAUGCAGGUCUGGCCGGCUCUGGCUGCACACGGGGCCGCAGAGGAUCCCACAAGGAUGAAGAAACAGAGCAGCACAGACUCAGGGGUGGCCGCGGCCCCACUCCAGCAGGACGCCUGCCCAGAUGCCCCAGAUGGAGACCCCAACCCUGGGCCACCCCCAACCAAGCCCCACCUCUCCACGGCCAGGAGCUUCGCCUGGCUCCUUGGGAAGGGCAACUCAGAGGAGGCUUACCCAGCGGGUUGCCCCCAUGAGGAAGGUGAGCUGGCCUCCUGUCCCACCAUCACAGUCAGCCCUGUCAUCACCAUCCAGAGAACCGGGGAUGGCCCCACCUGUGCUAGGCAGCUGUCCCAGGACUCUGUCGCUGCCGGCACUGAGAAGACCCUCAGGCUCUAUGAUCGCAGGAGUAUCUUCGAAGCCGUGGCUCAGAACAACUGCCAGGAGCUGGAGAGCCUGCUGCUGUUCCUGCAGAAGAGCAAGAAGCACCUCACGGACAGCGAGUUCAAAGACCCGGAGACGGGGAAGACCUGUCUGCUGAAGGCCAUGCUCAACCUUCACAGUGGGCAGAACGACACCAUCCCCUUGCUCCUGGAGAUCGCGAGGCAGACGGACAGCCUGAAGGAGUUCGUCAACGCCAGCUACACCGACAGCUACUACAGGGGCCAGACAGCACUGCACAUUGCCAUCGAGAGGCGGAACAUGGCACUGGUGACCCUCCUGGUGGAGAACGGGGCAGACGUCCAGGCUGCAGCCAACGGGGAGUUCUUCAAGAAAACCAAAGGGCGGCCAGGAUUCUACUUCGGUGAGCUGCCCCUGUCCCUAGCCGCCUGCACCAACCAGCUGGGCAUCGUGAAGUUCCUGCUGCAGAACUCCUGGCAGCCGGCCGACAUCGGCGCCCGGGACUCAGUGGGCAACACGGUAUUGCACGCCCUGGUGGAGGUGGCUGACAACACUGCCGACAACACCAAGUUUGUGACAAGCAUGUACAACGAGCUUCUCAUCCUCGGGGCCCGGCUGCACCCCACGCUGAAGCUGGAGGAGCUCACCAACAAGAAGGGGAUGACGCCGCUGGCUCUGGCCGCUGGGACGGGCAAGAUCGGGGUCUUGGCCUAUAUUCUCCAGAGAGAGAUGCAGGAGCCCGAGUGCAGGCACUUGUCCAGGAAGUUCACGGAGUGGGCCUAUGGGCCUGUGCACUCCUCUCUCUAUGACCUGUCCUGCAUCGACACAUGUGAGAAGAACUCGGUGCUGGAGGUGAUCGCCUAUAGCAGCAGUGAGACCCCUAAUCGCCACGACAUGCUCCUGGUGGAGCCGCUGAACCGACUCCUGCAGGACAAGUGGGACAGAUUCGUCAAGCGCAUCUUCUACUUCAACUUCUUCAUCUACUGUCUCUACAUGAUCAUCUUCACCAUGGCUGCCUACUACAGGCCGGUGGUUGGCUUGCCUCCCUUUAAGAUGGAAAACACUGAAGACUAUUUCCGAGUUACUGGAGAGAUUCUGUCUGUGUUAGGAGGAGUCUAUUUCUUUUUCCGAGGGAUUCAGUACUUCCUGCAGAGGCGGCCAUCGCUGAAGACCUUGUUUGUGGACAGCUACAGUGAGAUGCUUUUCUUUGUGCAGUCCCUGCUCAUGCUGGCCACUGUGGUGCUGUACUUCAGCCACUGCAAGGAGUAUGUGGCUUCCAUGGUGUUCUCGCUGGCCAUGGGCUGGACCAACAUGCUGUACUACACCCGCGGCUUCCAGCAGAUGGGCAUUUACGCCGUCAUGAUAGAGAAGAUGAUCCUGAGAGACCUGUGCCGUUUCAUGUUCGUCUACAUCGUCUUCUUGUUCGGGUUUUCCACAGCGGUGGUGACGCUGAUUGAAGACGGGAAGAAUAACUCUCUGCCGAAUGAGUCCACGUCUCACAGGUGGCGGGGGCCUGGCUGCAGGCCCCCCGAUAACUCCUACAACAGCCUGUACUCCACGUGCCUGGAGCUGUUCAAGUUCACCAUCGGCAUGGGUGACCUGGAGUUUACCGAGAACUAUGACUUCAAGGCUGUGUUCAUCAUCCUGCUGCUGGCAUACGUCAUCCUCACCUACAUCCUCCUGCUCAACAUGCUGAUCGCCCUCAUGGGUGAGACGGUCAACAAGAUCGCGCAGGAGAGCAAGAACAUCUGGAAGCUGCAGAGAGCCAUCACCAUCCUGGACACGGAGAAGAGCUUCCUGAAGUGCAUGAGGAAGGCCUUCCGCUCUGGCAAGCUGCUACAGGUGGGGUACACACCUGAAGGCCAGGACGACUACAGAUGGUGCUUCAGGGUGGACGAGGUGAACUGGACCACCUGGAACACCAACGUGGGCAUCAUCAACGAAGACCCAGGCAACUGCGAGGGUGUCAAGCGUAUGCCAAGCUUCUCCCUGCGAUCAAGCAGAGUUUCAGGCAGACACUGGAAGAACUUUGCCCUGGUUCCCCUUUUAAGAGAGGCAAGUGCCCGAGACAGGCACUCUGCUCAGCCCGAGGAGGUUCAUCUGCAACAGUUUUCAGGGUCCCUUAAACCAGAAGAUGCUGAAGUCUUCAAGAAUCCCAUCGCUUCUGGGGAGAAGUGAGGACCUGACACAGAAAGCACCGUAAACACUGGGCCCCCAACCGCCUCAGGGGGCUGCUAGGGGAACUCCAGUGCUCGGUCAGCAGCAUGGCCUGGUCCGGGCCUGCUCAGCAUGUUCCCAAGUCUGCACUGGACAAGUGUGGAAGGCAUUGUUGGAAGCACGAGGAGUGACGUCCAUCCAACCGCCACUGUCCCCACAUGAACCUCCAAACAAGCUUUCAAGUUCUUACUCACUUUAUUCAACAGUGUGGACUGUCAGUCUCUCCUGGGACAUGUUGCGCCCUUGUUUCCUUUCCUUUUCUUUUCUUUUGAGACAGAGUUUCACUCUUGUCUCCCAGGCUGGAGUGCAGUGGCGCAAUCUCAGCUCACUACAACCUCUAUCUCUGGGUUCAGGUGAUUCUCCUGCCUCAGCCUCCCAAGUAGCUGGCACUACAGGCAUGCACCACGAAGCCCAGCUAAUUUUUGUAUUUUUGGUAGAAACGGGGUUUCACCAUGUUGAUCAUGUUGGCCAGGCUGGUCUGGAACUCCUGGUCUCAGGUGAGCUGCCCGCCUCGGCCUCCCAAAGUGCUGGGAUUACAGGUGUACGCCACUGCACCCAGCCUUCUUUGAUUUUAUAUUACUAGGAGCAAAAAUAAAUGAAGCCCAGUAAAACACCUUUGGGAACAAAAACUUUUCUUUGCUGGAAAACGCAGAAGCCCUUCCUCUCUGUAGCGUGCUUCCUUUCCUACCUGCCCAGGGUGGCCUGGGGGGCGAUGUUGUUUACUCCCCAGGAAGGCAGGGGAGGCUGGUCCCACUCCUAGCUCUGGCAGAAUCAAGCUGCUAUAGGAGUGUCUUCUUCAUCCUACUGGAUGAUGAAUCACAGCCUCAAAAAUAGUAGCUCUAUUGCUGUUCAGGUAAAAGUACAGAACCAUGUCCCAAAGGUACCUGGUGAGAACAUUGGAAAGAUCUUCCAUUUGCAGGGCCCCCCAAUCCUGCUUUCCCAAAACAGCACCUGCUUCCCCUCCAUCCAUACUGGCAUCCUCAAAUAAAUGUAUACGCAUACAUAUA